AACGCGACUGUCGGUGUAGAACGUGGAAGCAGACGGCUCAAAGCCGGGUCAGCGUCUGUUUCCAGGUCAGUGGAUGUAAACAGAGAGACGGCAGCGGCGGAACCAUGACCAAACUGGAGCUGCUCAACGCUUUUCUUAAUGACAGGUUGACCGCGGCCGCCGAGGAGAUUUUCCGCGCGGUCAAAGAAACGGUGGCAGAAUAUCAGAGUGAAGUAGUGCGUUCGAAGGAGGAGAACGAGCGUCUGCGACGGCUCCUAGACGUGGCGCUCCAGCGGCUCCUGUUGCAUCCAGAACCCCCAUCUCUCCAGCCCCAAGAGGCCAGACAACUCUGUGACUCUGAGUGGGAGAGCAGUGUGGAACUACAGGCACAAGUUAAAAGAGAACCCAAACCCCCAAACACUCAUUCGGAUCAUUCAAAUGAAACAAGAGACUUGGAGGAAGGAAACCCAACUCGCAUUGAGCCACUACAUGUCCCACCAGCUGAGCGUGUGUGCAGCAGUGUGUUCCCAACGUCCCAGGAGAUCAAAGCAGAGAGCAGCAGAGAGGAGCGGCUGGCCAGCUUAGCUUUGUCUGUCGGGGUUCAUUCAGACCUUAGAGUGGCUCAGAGUGUUUCGUGUCCCAGCACCACCAGGACUCACAAAAGUGGAAAAGCAGAACAGCAGAUGAAAGGGCCACUUCGCUCGAACGGAAAGCAGAGCACACAUAUACUGCAGGUCAAGAAUACCAAAUGUCCAAAGUCAUCUGCACCGCGCUCACCUCAUCCAAACCAGAGCAUCCAGAGGUGGCACAGCUGUAAAGAGUGUGGGAAGUGCUUCAGCUUUGCCUGCCAACUGGAGGUCCACAUGCGCUGGCACACCAAAGAGAAACCAUACAGCUGCGCAGUGUGUCGGAAGAGCUUCACCACAGUCAGUAUGCUGAAGAGGCAUCACCGCAUCCACACGGGGGAGAAACCCUUUCAUUGCCACGUCUGUGGGAAAUGUUUUAACCAGUCGGCACAUCUCAACACACACUUCAGGCUCCACACAAGGGAGAGGGCCAGCUGGAGCCGAGCGCCACACACCAAGUAAAAUACGACUUUAAACAGGAAAUGAAGCUGUAAAUGUAGACAUGCUUAAAAUGCAGAACUGUCACGUUCAGUUAGUGUGCAAUGGUAUUUCAUUGUAUGUCUUAUUGUUGUGCAAUAAAGUGUAUGACACCAGUGAA